GUUGUUUUGCUGCCCGGCGUGAAUGCGGACUGUAGUGCAAACUGGAGGUGUGGUUUUAUGUUUUGAUACCGGGAAUUUAACGUUUUCAUCGUUUGUGUCGUGUUGACUUGUGCACAUACAUACGUAUCGUGAGCAUUAUCAAUCACUGUGUGAUUUGACAUUUGCAUUUACGAUAAUGUGACAACUGGGUGCACUGUUACUGAAAGAAGUACAAUAAUUUUACUCUUGAUUUGUUUUUACGAUCAUGAUUUGCGAGAUUUUUAGACGUCAACAUGCGCGACUAAGAAUAUUUUUAUAUUUUAAUUACUAGAAGCAGAUGCCAAUUAAAGAGGCAACCAGUUAUUGGUACCGGUGUUUUUCUUUCUCAGCUUACGACUAUUUCCGGCCAAACAUGGCUCUGUUCUGUGCUACUGUGACCCAAACAACGAAAAUUCUGUGAAGGUUCGUUGUUUCUACGUGAGAGAUGUAGCUUCUCCCAAGUUUCUGUUCGGUAUUUAGAUACAUAUUACAAUGUAAAAAUAAUUUUGUUCCAUAUUUCUGUAUAAAAAUGUUUUUAAAAUGUGUGACAAUAUAAAAGGGUACUUCUAUCGUAUAUUUAUAAUAAGUAAAAUUGUCUAUAAAGAAAGAAUUGUCAUCGAAUUUUGACAGUGUAAUAACAGGUGGGAGUUCUUUUGACUUUUGAGUCCAACUGUGGCCUUUGUAUAUUAGAUUAAUAUCUGUCGUCGGGUAAAUAAUUGUUGAUAUAGUGAAUGGUAGCCCAAUGAAUAUAAACUGCAUCGGGCAGUUCUUGGUCUUCAGUAAAUUGGGCAAGGUUGUGUGGUAAUAACAGAAAGAAGAAUUAAAACAGUGAACGACUGACAUUGUAGACUGCAAUAUUUGGCCGGAAUAUACGCAGCAUGAACGUGAAAAUAUAAAUAAAUGGGACAUUGGAAUUUUUGACUGAAAUCAUGUAACAGAAUGCUCGAACGUCACCAGGGAUCACAACCAUUCUGAAUCAUUUCUAUCUACUUACACAAGCAGUACAUUUGCAAGUUUGAAAUUUGUUUCCCAGUCAGAAAUGUUAACUUCAUUUUUAUUAAGUGGGCUACUUGUCCAGAGUAAACCAUCAUGGUUUUCAUCUGGUUGUUGUUAAACACUUCAAGACAUCAGAAGCCCUGCCAUUCUGAAGUGAUGCAUUAAUAUAAUGGGCAGUGGGCAUAGUGUAUGAAGAUUAAAUUUAUUGUGCUGUUUCCAGUUUUACGUUAUCUGAUAAGGUUAUCACAUUGAAGGAUCUCUAUGAGAAAUGUCUCAAGAACAGAGGACUCUGCGAAGGGCAGUCAGACAGUCUAUCCGUUUCAGGUGCCACGCGCCAACCAACAUGUUCCCAUCAGCGCAAAGUCCACAAUUUCCGCAGGCUCAUUCAUUUGGUAAUGCAAGUUUGACGUCGGCAUCCACGGUGCCAUUGUCACCUGUUGUGGAAGGUACAGUAUGUCAACCACCAAUGAUCACCGCAAGCAGGUGCAAUAAUGUGUCAGCUGCAGGCAUUACAAGAUUUGAGAAAGAAAAAGUUGUUUACACCUGGACAGUUACGGGCAUAAAGAACUGGCCCGAGGACGUGAGCAGCAUAGCAUCUACUUCUUUCCGUCACCCAAAUUCGAGCGAGUGGUGCAUGGUGCUGUCGAAGAAAGGCAACGAGUUGCAUCUCUGUUUCUGGUUGAAAGUAAGCAAGGAACCUGCAAAAGCAAACCUGAAAGCUACACUUUCUUUAGGUGGAGACGAGAAACGCGAAGUGUAUCCGCCGUUAUACUGUACACUUAAAGGGGGUGAGAAGUCAGCACCAAAGUCUAUCAGUGACACCUUUCCCACUACAGAUGGUUACAGGAAUGUGGGUGACAGUUUGACAUUCGAGUGCGAGGUGGAGAUUAUGUGCAUUGUGUGGGACGAGUUGCCAAGUGCUUCUGCUCUGGAGACUGAGCCCGGCCUCGCUAGAGACUUCGGUAACUUGUUGGAGUCCCAAGAUUUUUCAGACUUCAUUCUGCAAGCUGGAGAUGUCAAAUUCAAAGCGCACAAGGCAGUGCUGUCCACCCGCAGCCCUGUCUUUGCCAGAAUGUUGCAGCAGGAUAUGAAGGAAGCACAAGAAAACUGCGUCUACAUCGAGGGCGUGGAACCGGGUGUGGUGGCAGAGGCACUGCGUUACAUGUAUACAGGCCGCGCGCCGGCACUGUGCAAUAUGGCCCGGGGCUUGCUGGUGUUUGCAGACCGUUACGACCUGUGUGAGCUAAAGAGCCAGUGCGAGGUGGAGCUGGCGAGGCGCCUCACCAUAGACAAUGCCGCCAAUUCUGCAGUCUUUGCUGUGGUCAACUCAUGUGAUGCUCUACUCAAGGCUUCUGUAGCUUUCAUAAAGCGGCAUAUUGAGGAGGUGAUGGGCACUACAGGCUGGAAGAAUGCCCUCCACAGCGACCCUGACUCUGUCGAAAAGAUCAGUCAACUCAUCGCAGCUCGUUCCCAGAGUAAAUCCGAUGAUGACUCUGCAAAGAAGAAUGUAAUUGGAAAACCAUCGGACGGCAUACACUGGAAUUAGUAUGCCACAUGAAACUGGAUGCGGCACGUGAGUUUUGUGUUCUGUGACGAGUUCCUGUGCUGCUGUGCAUGUAAUGGGUGACGGACAAGGAUCCAAGAUGAGAAGUCCGCUUGAAGUUUGGAGGGCAGUAUAACGUGAUUAUUAUUAUUUCUUUGUAAUACCAUGUAUCUUGUGAAAUUGAUUCACAACUUAUUACUGUAGUGUAGUUAUGUUACCCAAUUUUUAUAUUCCUAAAAGUUAUGUAAUUCCUUAAAGUAUUUAAAUGUAUGUGUUUCCUCAUUAGUAACUUCAUACAUUGUAUGAAUAAAUGUAUUGUUUGUGAUAUUAAAAACUAUUUCGAUACUGUGAU